AUGCAUAUUUUGCUGAAGUGCUUAAUUAAGAAAUCCACGCCGGAAUGGGAAAGAUGUGAGUCAUUCGAUCCGGAGAAAAGUGUAUUGGAAAAGAGAGAGCAUCCUACGUGGAUAACACUGAAAGAAAGUGAUCCCAAGCCUGCAUUCCACGGCUCUACGGGAGAUUCCAUUGAUUUGUUUGGUAUACUAGACGAAAGGCUAAAUAUCUUGAAGUCUCAUGGAGAGCAGUCGACACAAGCAAAGAAACGCAAAAGUUUAGAAGUUCGCUUUAAAAAUUUUCUCUCAGCUUUACCACAUACACCAACUGUUAUGUCGGUUAUGCCCAAAGAUAUUUGUAGGUUUUUAGUAUGGAGUGAUAAGUUUGGUAAAACUCAAAUUCAUGGAACGUCUUGUGCACACAUCGGGAAAUAUGGUGUAUAUAAAUGCGGCUGUGCUACAAGAUUAGCGGCGGGAACACUGCAUGGCUUGAUUCAAAAUCUUUCUGAAAUUUUGUGUAUGUACGGUAGAGGUCGUUCAUGGGAUAUAGCGACAGCCACGGGAAAUCCAUGCCUAUCUCCAGAAGUUCAAUGUUAUGAGAAAUCCUGUAAACAUGAGCAAGCGAAAUCCCGCAUUUUACCAAAGCAAGCAAAACCAAUAUUUCUGGGAAAACUGCAAAAGAUAUCCACAUACAUUGAUAGGGAAUUGUCUCGUCAUGAUUUAUCAUUGAGAGAAAAGUAUUGCCUUGUGAGAGAUCAAGCAGUAUUUAAAUUGCAAUUUUUCGCAGGCGAUAGGGCAAGUGAUAUUUCUAACAUCCUGUCACAAGAAGUCAAGACAUUGCCCGAUUCGUCGGGGUUCGUGUUUAACCACACAUACGGGAAAACAAUUCGAGGAGAUGGAAAGUGUAAUACUUUUGUUAUUAAAAGAUCUAAAGACGAAGUAAUAUGUCCUGUUUUGGGACUCGAACGUUAUUAUAAAUGGACAACUGAUAAUGGGAUAAAUAUAAGAUUAGGUCAUUUGUUUAGACCAGUUACUGAGAAAGGUAGAGUUCUGAAUGAAAAGUUGGGAUAUUCAGCAAUGUAUGAAAGAUUGAAAUGCUAUUUAGUUACGUUAGGAAUAUAUGAGGGAGAAACCCCACACAGUUUUAGGGGAGGUUUCGCUAUUACAAUGGCUGUUUCGGGUGCGGUUAAAGGUCCUGGGGAACUCAUGCACCAUGUAGGGUGGUCAACAGAAAGUUCGGCACACUAUUACAGUAGAUCAAAAUCUUUGACAGAUGCUAGUAGAGUGGCGGGUAAUAUUGCCAAAAUCACAAGUAAUAGGGGGGAUAUAGAACUAUUCUAUAAAACACACGGGGAUAUGUCUGCAUUGUCACCCGCCUUCAACUGAUGUACAUGCAUGUUAUUACAUGUUCAUAAAAUGUUAUCACAGUUAUUAUAUA